UAACCACCAGCACCACCAAACCAGCUUUGGAGGGGAGUGGGGGGAUUCCAGACACAUCGUCUCUGCUUGAUAACCAGCACCAGACGCCAUGGAUUACACCCUACCCAUAAACGGUCAAGAUAUGAUAGCUUACUCCUGCCCCGACCCUUUUCUGGAUCACCACAGCAGUAAAAACUGGUUCCACUACCAGGGCGUCAAGAGAAAGCUGCGGACCGGACGCAUCCUAGGCUUCGUCUUCAGCGUGGUGGCCGUCUGCACAGUUUGUUCACUCAGUGCCUUGUCUCUGGCCACAGCAGUGGCCACUGAGCUGGAGUCGUCUGCUGAGGGAUCAGCUGAUGCAGCCGUGCCCCAAAGAACUCUCCUGCAGCACCAGAACCUCUCGGCAGCUCCCGAGGACACACCCGUGGCCAUGAAGUCUCAUUCAGAAAUGAAUAAAGGAGACUACCCAAGAGACUACUUCAGCGUGGAGGACAGACGACGUGGCUUCGUGGGUCUUCACAUGUUUGGAAUGUUAUACAUGUUCAUAGCCUUGGCCAUAGUUUGUGAUGAGUUUUUUGUCCCUGCGCUCACCGUCAUCACGGAGAAGUUGGAGAUCUCGGACGAUGUAGCUGGAGCCACCUUUAUGGCAGCAGGUGGAUCAGCCCCAGAGCUCUUCACCUCCGUCAUAGGGGUCUUCGUCUCCCACAGUAACGUAGGCAUCGGUACCAUCGUGGGGUCUGCCGUGUUCAACAUCCUGUUUGUGAUCGGGAUGUGCGCUCUGUUCUCCAAAGAAGUGCUGCACCUCACCUGGUGGCCCCUGUUCAGAGACGUCACCUUUUACAUCAUCGGCUUGCUCAUGCUCAUCUACUUCUUUCUGGAUAAUCAGAUCACCGUGCUGGAAAGUUUCAGCCUGCUGAUGUGCUACACCUGCUACGUGACGUUCAUGAAGCACAACUCCAAGGUGGAGAUGCUCAUCAAGACGCUGCUGAGCAGCAACCAGGUGCAGCAGCUGGAGCCUGUGCCGAAGGUAACCACCCCAGGAGAUGACGAGACCAAACUGACAGCCAAACCGAGGCUGCAGAGGGAAGGCAGCUGUGCUUCUCUACACAACUCUCUGAUGAGAAACAGCAUCUUCCAGCUCAUGAUUCACACACUGGACCCCCUCAGUAAUGAAGGACGAUUCAAAGAGAAGGCGUCAAUUCUUCACAAAAUGGCCAAGAAGAAGUGUAAAGAAGAUGCAGCCAGUGCCAAUGGUGUAGUUGAAAAGAAAAUUCCCAAAAUUUCAAAGGUUGAAGUGGAGGUCACGCCGCCGAUGAACGGUGUCGCAGGAGGGGAGCAGGAGGUCAAGGAAGAGGAGGAUGAAGACCAGCCCCUGAGCCUUGCCUGGCCCGACUCCCUCAGGAAACGGCUCACCUACCUUGUCAUCCUCCCCAUCGUCCUCCCCCUGUGGCUGACGCUGCCUGACGUCAGGAGAGAGACCUCUGAAAGAUUCUUUCCCAUCACUUUCCUCGGGUCCAUUUGUUGGAUUGCUUUCUUCUCCUACCUGAUGGUGUGGUGGGCUCACCAGGUUGGAGAGACUUUCUGGAUCACAGAAGAGAUCAUGGGUUUGACCAUAUUAGCGGCUGGCACCUCAAUCCCUGACCUGAUCACCAGUGUGAUCGUAGCACGAAAAGGCCUCGGAGACAUGGCCGUGUCCAGUUCAGUGGGCUCUAACAUCUUUGAUAUCACUGUGGGGCUGCCGUUCCCGUGGCUCAUCUUCAACAUCAUCCACGACUUUAAGGCUGUGGAGGUAAGCAGCAACGGCCUCUUCUGUGCCAUCGUCCUCCUCUUCCUCAUGCUCAUCUUCGUCAUUGUGUCCAUCGCGGCUUGCAAGUGGAAGAUGAGUAAGAUUCUGGGCUUCCUCAUGUUCUUGCUCUACUUCGUCUUCCUGGUCAUCAGCGUCAUGCUGGAGGACAGAAUUCUCGUGUGUCCUGUCACCAUCUGAGGGAGGGACUCCUGAUCGACUGGAAGCUCAGAUUUACUAUAAGAGUGCAAUAUUAAACUGCCUGUUGUCUGUCUCACAUGCACACAGUAGAUACUGUACUGUAUACACACACACACA